GCCCCUUUGGGGAUGGUCGUCCAGAGCACAGGGAGGCGAUGUGGAAGGAGGGGAGCCUGGUGCUUUCCGCCCCGGGGAAGGUCAUCCUGCACGGGGAGCAUGCGGUGGUGCACGGGAAGGUGGCUCUGGCGACGGCGCUGGACUUGCGGACUUUCCUCCGGAUGACUCCGCGGCAGGAUGGGAGAAUCUCCCUGCAGCUGCUGAAUCUGGGGAGCAAACUGAGCUGGGAAGCAGUUGAGCUCCAGCCCCUGCUGGCCGCCUUCUCAGCUGAACUGCCUGAAGGGCAGCCGCCCAGCUUUGAACAAGUGGAGAAGCUGAAAGAGUUUGCGGGGGACGAUAAUGGACACAAAGCCAUCCAGAGUGUGGCCGCUGCAGCCUUUCUUUACUUGUACCUGUCUGUGGCAUCAAAAUACGGGGUUCUGCCAACGGUUGACAUCUUGGUCUGGUCUGAGCUGCCCACCGGCGCUGGGUUGGGGUCCAGCGCAGCGUACUCGGUCUGCCUGGCAGGGGCGUUGCUUUCUGGAUGCGGCGCCGUCAGAUAUCCUCUGCAGGAGGGCCAAGAAGCAGCUAGGUGGACUAAGGAGGAGCUGGACGUGAUCAACAAGUUGGCCUUCCAAGGAGAGCAAGUGAUCCAUGGGAAUCCUUCUGGAGUGGACAACGCCGUGAGCACCUGGG